AUGACGACAGCCAGGCUUCCGGGCCACUCGCGCACCACCAGCACUGAUUUUUCUGAGACUUCCCUGGUCGAGACCGUCGUGCCUGCUGCUUCGGCCGCCGAUCUGCAGAAGUCGCUCGCUGCAUGGGACGGCGCCAUAAACGAAGCCAGCACCUCGAUCCUGCCUUUCCAAGCCCAGAGGCAGUUUCUCUUCUUUGAUGAACUUGUCCCGGUCUACGUGGUCCUCCGCACGCCGACCACCGAUGAGAACACCCUCAAGUCCUACCUGGGCCGACUUGCCAUCAACGUCGAAGCUUACGCUACGUCGACGGCUCCUCUGUCUCACGCAGGCACUCCGCACGCACCCCCGCUAAAGGAACUUCUCCAUUCUGCCUCCGUCCUGAAUCCAGCAGAGCCGGUUCUCUUCUCUUCCAAGGGCGUCACUUACGAGAACGGCAAUUCUCAAGAGUAUUGCUAUGUAGCUUGGAAGGUUGAGGUCUUCAUAGGGCACCCGCGAUCAAGACUACCGAAACCGGUGGUUUACUUCUCGGUAGGGGCGUCUCUAAAGCCUGUGCAGCAGGUCAAAUCCGAGGUUCUGGAUGACGAGUAUCUACCGAGCUUGGCUCCUCUAUCAGGCAACCUGUUAGAGGCUUUUGCCAGAGACCCUGCCCUCCGGGGGGUAAAACCGCAUCUGUCCGCCUCGCGCAUCACCAAAGUCGCCCCGGCCCCGUCGGUGGAGCGCGACCUUUUGCGCCCGCUUCAGAAUGCCAGCAGGCGGACUUUUCGGGCGUUUCCGGCGCUUGCAUGGAGGAUUCGGUACACGAAGAGCUACGCUCCAGUGUCAGACCUCUCGAUUUUCGCAUCCUUCGAUUUUGAAGUAACCGGAAUGGCUGGCUACAGCUUGAGCCUGAACGAGGUUGAGCUUGCUCUUUCGGAUGGCCGCGUAGAGUCGUGUGGCGAGAACCUCGGUGGCGACUACGAGCAUGUCUACAAAUCCGGCGAUCAAGUUGCCCUGUUGUACAAGCUGAUACCUAACGAUGUGUCCAAGGAUUACACAGUGCCCAUGAACAUCCACGCGUUGGACGUCAGGAUAAGAGCAAAGGUGCUCCUAUCAGAAGAAUGCCAGCCAGAAGUCGCAAUCGACUGGAGGACAAACGUAGACAUCGCCCACGUGCUCAAAUCAAAACUCCGGGUCCCAGACCAUCUCCUCGGACGUUCAGCGCACCAGAGGAACCUGAGCAGCAUUAACUCUACUUCCUCGUCGAGGCAACUAGGACCCGAUUCUCUCCCAUACAUGGAAGGCGGCCAGCAAGAUGGCUCGUCGGCAGGCAUCAUUGACGUCGCAGUCACCAUAGUGGGGCCGGAGCGUGUCUACGUCGCGGAGCCCUUCGUCUGGGACGUAUUCAUUGUCAACCGUUCUGACAGGGAGCGCAGGCUGGAGUUCCAGGUCGUAUUCAAGGAUCUCGCUGUCGGGAAGUCGCCAGACUUACUUCUCCACACGUCGAGGGGGCUCCAUAUUGGUACGCUGGGGCCAUCCGCGUGCAAGAAUACGCAGAUAGAGCUGGAGCCAUUCAAAGAUGGGAUACUCAACCUGGAGGCUCUGCGCCUAAUAGACCUACAGACGGAGGAAUACACGGACAUACAUGACCUCCCAAUCAUUGUGUCAUAUGAACGAUCUGGCGGAGCAUGA